GUCUUAGAAUUCAGCAAAGUUGCAUCAUAUGCUUGGCUAGGCAAGUUUGACCUUCUUAAGCAUUCACGGCAUUGUAUACUUGAGAAGCUGUGGGCAUCCAAAGGAAAUUGCGAGGUUGUGAACAAUUUCUUCAAGAUUCAAUGUGCUGAUGAAGAAGUUCAAUGUCUCAAUGUUGAAGUUGCACAACUAUCCACUUUGGUAGAUCACAAAGAUGCCUACUUGAAAGCAACAUUCAAAUCAUUAUUCAAAUCAGAUCCGACACUCUCACACAAGAUCUCUUGCAUUUAUGAUGAGCACAGAUGA